AUGCGCGCGUGGGCUCUCUUGGCGCCGCUAUCGGCAGCCUACGUCGUGCAGCCGCCGCUGCGGGACGACAACUUUGCUUGUUGCGGUGGCUGCUCGUCGAGUGUCCGCAGCGACCAAGUGUACCUGGCGACGGGCGCGCGCGUCAUGCUCUGGGACACCAACGUCAAGGUGAACCCCCAGCCGCAGUGCCUGCUCACGUUCCCUUACGACCCCACGCGCGGCGAAUCGCCAGGGCCCCGCCGUGUGCGCAGUGGCUCGCUCGUCGGGACAACGUUUCCGCUCAACCACGACGCCGACGCGCGCUGCUGCUUGAACGGCGGCACGUGCACCUUGUCGGAAGACGACGCCCAGGGCAAGUGCAAUUGCGUGCAGCCGUGGGGGUUCCGUGGCGACUACUGCGAGCUCUCGAUCUACGACCUGGCGAUGAUUGCCAACUCGGGCGUGUACCCGCGCACGGUGAAUGUGUCUGCGAUGCCGAUCGCGUACCCGGACCUGCGGCCGCUUGUGUACAACUUGUCCUUUUUAUCGUCCAUUACAAAUACGUUCUUGCCGACGACGCCGACGCCCGACAUGGACGCGACCCUCGCUACGUACCGCGCGAUGGCCUUCCAGCUCGUCAUCCUCGGCCUCCUCGGCGCGUCCGGGCUCUGUAUUCUCUUCGUCUUCGGCCACCUCUUUAACGUGUGCCUCAACUACUGCCGCUGCCGAAAGCGUCCGUACUCGCUCCUCGAGAAGCUCGUGACGAUGCUCCUCAUGCUCGGCGCCGUGGUCGUCCUUGGCGGCAGCCUCACAAGGUCAUACGUCAACUACGAGCUCCUCGUGCAGCAUGCGGCCAACAUUACGUUUCUCGUCGCCGACGCGCUGCCAGCCGACACGCUCACGUUCUACUCCAACUUGAAUGCGCCGCUGCGCGCAAUCAUCGAUGGCUUUCCGGGCGCCCGCAUUCCGGAGCUCCAAGCCGCGCUACUGGAUCAAAUGGCCCUGUACACCUCGCUGAACGUGACGGACAUGCCGCAGAUCUUUGCGUCGACGACCGCGCCCUUGGCGGCCCUCGCGCUGCCCUUCCCGAUCGCGUCCUCAUACGGACAGCCCGCAUGCUCGAGCAUGGUCAUCUACCGCACGGCCAGCAGCAUCAUGGGCAUCGGGGGCGCAACGGGCUGCUUUGGCUGCGACCAGUGCGUCGCCAUUCGCAAGACGAUUCAGAGCAUCCAGCUCGACUGGCUGCGCGGCGCCUCGGUCGUGCACUGGAUACUGUACGCGAGUCAUGCCAACCUCAUCACGUUUGCUCAGCUGCCGCUGCUCCCGACGCUCGUGAACCUCUCGGUCUCUCUCAACCAAACGCUGGCCGACGUCCAGCGCGUCAAUACGCACCAAGCGCGCAUGCUGGCCACCCUCACAAACCAACUCACGAUGCUCAUUCAGCCCGGCGUCUACAUCGUCUACGGGCUCUCGAGUCUCCUCGCCUUGCUUGCACUUGCGGCGGCCACGCGCGGCUUUUGGCGCCGGAAAGGCCGCCUCGGGAAGCUCGCCAGCUACACGGCACAGUUGGGCACCCUUGUCGCGUCUGCGAUGACCGGAAUACUGUGGACCGUGUCCUUCUGCGCGCGCGAUGGCCUCGCGUACCUCGACCGUAUUGAAGCCAACAUGUCCGAGCUCUUUCAGAACACGUCGUCGCGCAAUGACGCCAUCAACCUCCUGCACGAUCAAUCCUGGGUCGCAAAUCGGUCCUUGCUCUCGCUCUUGGAGUGCGCCGACCUUGUCAAGGUGCCGCCACUGCCGACGCCCGACACGGGCAUGGCGCCGCCGCCGCUGUACAAUACGACGCAACUGUUUUUCUUCCCCGACUUUGCCGCGCUCGCGACGCAGUUCAACAGCUCGGACCCGAGCCGCAUCACGUCGCUCUUUGGGUGGGACGAGAGCUACGUCACGCUCGCCCACCGCUUCUUGACCGUCCUCUUGUUUGGCAACACGACCGUGCCGUCCCCGUAUACGGCGUCGAACGACACGCGCGUCACCACCUUCACGACGGACCCUAACCGCGAUGGUGUCUUCAACGCCUCGGACGUCCAGCUCAUGGCCUCGCUCUACGCCCAAAACUGGUCCACGCUGACGCACAAUGAAUCGACGCGCCAAAACUCGUACUUGCUCCAACAGUGGCGAUGGUGCGGGGAGCUCGAGGUCGCGCGCGGCCGGCUCCUCGCCUAUAUGGACAGCGUCGCUGACGUUGCGCUGGAGGCGCGUCCGCAUUUGACGGCGAUGCAAGCCAACACGAGCGCACUCGCGAAGCUCCAGUACCCGUUCCAGUCCGCAGUGAGCUUUUACACGUCGAAGCUUCAGACGUUCAAGCUCGCCGACUGCUCGUACGCCGGCAACUGCGCAUGGACGCGGCAGCGCUGGAACGAGCUCCAUAGCGAGCUGCACGCGCUCGGCGCCGCUGCCGACGAGAUGACGCUGCUCUUUGCAAUAGCGACGCUGGCCCUCUUGACAGCCUCGCUCUUUGCCUUUUGCUUUGGCGUCCGCGUGCACAAGCCCAAGGUACGCGUGUACGUCGCUGCGUAA